AUGGCUUCAAACCUCUUUGAGACUCAUCUGGAGGACCCCGCACCCUCGUAUGAGGAGUCUUUAUCUUCAACAGCCUGCAGCAAAGAUUCAUCGAAAUUUGUUCCCAGCUCAUCUCCGUCUCUUCCCCUUCAAACACAGCUUGCCGACACCAGAACCUAUCGAAUCAACGAUAUCUUAACAAGAUAUGUUGAUCCGCUCUUAUUCUCUCAAGGCACCGCAGGACUCUACAGAACAACCUUUGUCCUGAUACCUUCAUCCGUUUCUAGUCUGCAGGAUGCACCAAGCAAUGCCUACACAACUCCGGAAGAACCACAAGUUGUUGGCUUCCCAUCCUCCGAAGUUGUUAAACUCAUCCGACUUCGAGGAGAAGAGAACGCAAUGGAAUUCUGGCGCCAGCCCGCCGUUGUCGCGGAGUUAGACUCUGGCUUUAAAGCAAGACUUGUAGGAAGCGGUCAUCGAUUGCACCAACCCUCCGUGCCUGACGAUGGAGGACCCCGUGGUGCGGAUGCAGCACCCGCACCGCCCACCGUUACUCCUGCAACCACGAAGAGGUCCUUUUGGGGUUGGAAGAAGGAUGAACCGAAAGAUGUUGUCAUAGUCGACAGGAAACUUGGUUGGAGAUCCCCUGGAGAACAGGCAGAAAGCGGAUCGGGGAAAAUACCUCCUGGACUAGUUAAUGUAUCUAUUGUGUGGAAGGAUAUAUGCUUACGGAUCGCAAAUGAAAUGGGUCUUUAUGAAAGUAAGAAAGGGCCUGCACUUUGCAUAACGGUUGAGGUUGGUUCUUAG